UUUGUUUCAGGAGUCAAGAUAGAAAAAAUACUUCUGGAUGGAGAUACACUUUCAUCAAGCCUUCCUCAUUUAGAAAUGUCGUCUAGUACCGUGAGUCAUGGAUCCCCGAGAGAGCGAGAAGGAACCAGCGAUGCUAUCAACUACCACGCUAGAAAAUCUCCCUCCAUCAAACGAGAGGGUUCAGCCAAGUCAUCGACCCGGUCUCCCGCCUGCAAGCCUUCUUCAAGCAUCCCCCUUCCAGUGAAGUCGCCAAAAUCUUCAUCUUCUGCAAAGACAAUUGGUCACAGUCUCCCACGAUCAUUCAGUAGCAAAUUAUCCAAACCAAGUUCAUCCAUGUUGGGCGCUACCCAAAUCACCAACAAGCACACCCUGGAAAUACAGUUUCUGAACAAGAAGAAGCGGCUGGCUUUAUUGCAGAAGGACCUAGCUGAGAAGCAAAAGCCGGUGCUGGACCUCUAUCAGAACCUUAUUCAGAUCAAGAAGAGGUUGGAAGAGCUGGGAAAAAUUGUCUAUCUCGAGGAAAUGAAGCUGUUGCCUUACAACGAACAACGUCAAAACGUCGAGCUCGGAGAUGGAGCUGGAGAAAGUACUUCCCCGGAAAUUAUACUAGAAAUGCAGACGUCAAUGGAGCAGAUACCAAGGACGCUGAUGGAGAUCUGCAAGAACCUGCUCGGUAGAAGAAACGUCAUUGUCGACCUCCUCGAGAGCAUCGUCAAGUCUGAAGUGGAUGUAAGCGAUCUCACUGACCAGAUAGAAGCACUGAAAACUGAAGGAGCUCAGUUGCAAAGCAAUCUGGAUGUUGUUAUCAAAGAACAUCAUAGCAAAAUUAAAGAAGUAGUGAAGAAUUGGCAGUCUUUGAUAAACGAUAAGAAGAGUGUGAAUACUAACACAAAGAUAAGUGAUCUGGAAGAUAGGCUGAAGUUUCAAGAGAAGUUGACAGAGGAUUCGAAUCAACUUAUCCAGGAGCUUCAGAGGAAGCUGGACGAUAAGAGAAGCGGACACGAUAGAUAUGUCGCGGAGCUUAACAAUGUUAUUCAUGGGCUCAAGGAUCAGAUGCAGAAACUAGAACAGGAACUUGAGUAUGAAAGAAAGUCUGCAACAGAUUAUAAAAAUAGGAACAAUACCAAUGCGCAAAAUUCAAAAAUGUUGAGGAAUAAAAUAGCUGAGUUGGAGAACGAAAGGAAAUCGGCUGAAGCUCUUAAUACAGAAUUGAACAGAAAAGUCAGGCUUCUCCAAGACCAAGCAAAGCACAAGGAAGCGCAAUGGAACAAAGAAAAAGAAGAACUGACGAGGAACUUGAAGCAUCAAGAGAACAUGUUGCAGAAAUUGACAGCCGAUAAGAGCACAUUUGAAACAAGGCUGGCUGAGGCGAAAGAACAACGGUUUUUCACUGAAGAGACGUUGCAGAAGAACCUCGAUGAGGUGAGAAAGGAGCUGGAGGAUACCAAAGAGGCUUUAGAGAAAAUGACGGUCGAGAAGAAUGAAGUGACAGAAAAGUGUAAGGAGAUGGAGGAUCAUUUGGCUCGAAUGGGACUUGAGAAUAAAGAAACCAUGGAUAUGGUCAGUAACAGCAUAGUUUGGGGAAAAGAUGCUACUUGUGUUUCGGCUAAAGCUAACGAAUACUCGGAAAGCAUGAUGAAGGAUAUAAUCAUACAGGAGUUCAAAGACAAAAUCAGACGUCUGGAAGAGGAGAAUAAUUUACAUAAAGAGACUAUUGCACUGGUGGAGAGUAAUAAGAAUAAAGUACCCACAGAAACGGAAAAAAAUGUAAUGCUCCAGCAUGAUGUGGUUCUGAGAUACAAACAGUUACUGUUUGAAAGUGAGCAGAAAUUAUCUGAGAAGUCCCAGGAGGUGGGAAAACUUACAUCUGAAAUCAGGCAGCUGAAAGUACGCCAGGAGCACCUCGAAGAACUCAAUCAGAAAUGUCCGACGGAAAAUCUCCAGAAGAUGGUGGAAGAAGGCAGAGCAAAACUGACGGAGCUGAUGAGGAAGUCUCUUGAGAGCGAACAGAAGAUACUCCAUUGCGAGAACGUCAUCGAAAAACAGAGUAAGCAGAUAAAUGAGAUGGAGAAUUUGCUGAGGUACAGGGAAAAUAUGGCGGGAGUGUUGAAAGCAUCNUAUUUUUGA